UCAUUGAAGAGUAUGCAUGAGAGUGUGAAUGGGGACGUGGGCCGUUUGGAUGGAAUUGAUGUAGGAGAGGAAUACGCGGGGGAGGAUUUGAGGGAGCGAAUAAAAUCAUCUCGAGGGAGCCGGUUUAGGCUGAUAGGGAACGAGCUGGGGCUCGACUCGGCCAGCCGCCGGUCCAGCAGACAGAAAGACCUCUGGCAAGGCUGCUUACUCGUUCACCCUGAUCAUAACAGGUGGUACAGGGCGUGGGAGAAGUUCAUACUAAUAUGGGCAAUUUACUCAUCAUUCUUUACUCCAAUGGAGUUCGGAUUCUUCAGGGGACUGCCCAAGAACCUAAUCUUUUUAGACAUUGCUGGUCAAGUGGCAUUCCUCCUCGACAUCAUCUUGCAAUUCUUUGUGAUCUAUAGAGAUAGCCACUCCUACAAAAUGGUCUACAACCGGAACCUCAUUGCCCGUCGAUAUCUCAAAUCUCAUUUUUUCACCGAUUUCCUAAGUUGUAUGCCUUGCGAUAUUAUUUAUAAGGGAAUUGGAGAAAAAGAAGAGGUGAGAUAUCUUUUGUGGAUCAGAUUGACUCGGAUUCGCAAGGUCACUGAUUUCUUCCGGAGACUGGAAAAGGAUAUUAGAAUCAACUAUCUGUUUACGAGGAUAGUAAAACUUCUGAGUGUGCAGCUCUACUGCGCGCAUACAGCAGCCUGCAUUUUCUACUAUUUGGCAACUACUCUGCCUGAGGAGAAAGAAGGAUACACUUGGAUCGGGAGUUUGAAAAUGGGCGACUACAGUUAUGCCCACUUCAGAGAGAUUGAUAUCUGGAGACGAUACACCACUUCUAUGUAUUUCGCAAUUGUCACCAUGUCAACUGUCGGUUAUGGAGAUAUAAAUGCAGUGAAUCCGAGGGAAAUGGUAUUCAUUAUGAUUUACGUCACGUUUAACAUGAUUCUUGGUGUAUAUUUGAUUGGUAAUAUGACAGCCCUGAUUGUGAAAGGAUCCAAAACAGAAAGGUAUCGGGACAAAAUGACUGAUCUUACAAAAUAUAUGAACAGAAACAGGCUGGGAAAGGAUCUUCGUAAUCAAAUAAAAGGGCACUUGCGUUUGCAAUAUGAAAGCAGCUACACUGAUGCUUCCGUUCUCCAAGACAUUCCAAUAUCCUUUCGUGCUAAGAUAUCUCGGACUUUGUAUAAGUCAUAUGUCGAGCACAUUCCUCUAUUCAAGGGCUGCUCCUCAGAAUUCAUCAAUCAAAUCGUGACUCUGGUGCACGAGGAAUUCUUUCUCCCUGGAGAAGUAAUAAUGGAACAGGGAAACAUCGUAGGUCAACUCUACUUCGUUUGUCAUGGUGUUCUGGAGGAGCUUGGCAUUGGAGUAGAUGGGUCAGAAGACACAGUGUCGCUUCUCCAGUCUAACAGUGUAUUUGGAGAGAUUUCGAUUAUUUGCAACAUUCCUCAGCCAUACACGGUUCGCGUGCGUGACCUCUGCAGACUGUUGCGGAUAGAUAAACAAUCAUUCUCCAACAUCCUGGAGGUAUAUUUUCACGAUGCCCGCAAAGUAUUCACUAACUUGUUGGAGGGGAAGAAGUCUAAUCUAUGCAUGAAGCAACUGGAGAUGGAUAUCACAUUCCACAUUAGGAAACAAGAAGCCGAGCUUGCUGUGAAAGUGAACUGCGCAGCUUAUUACGGGGACCUGUAUCAACUGAAAAGCCUAAUUCGAUCUGGAGCUGAUCCCAACUUGAAAGAUUACGAUGGAAGAUCGGCAUUGCAUCUUGCUGCAUCAAGAGGACAUGAAGAUAUUGCACUUUUCCUUAUACAAGAAGAUGCAGACAUCAAUGUUGAAGAUAAUUUCGGCAACACACCGCUACUUGAGGCCAUCAAGGGCAGACACGACAGGGUUGCUUCAUUGCUUUUGAGAGAAGGGGCCUUACUUAAGAUUGAUAACCCUGGUGGUUACUUGUCCACAAUCGUUUCUGAAGGUGACAAAAAUUUGUUGAUACGGGUGUUGUCCGAUGACGUUGAUCCAAACUCCAAAGACUAUGAUCACCAAACCCCUCUUCACAUAGCAGCAUCUCAGGGAUCAUAUUUGAUGGCGAAGCUGCUUAUAGAAGCUGGAGCUCGUGUCUUCUCAAAUGAUAGAUGGGUAAAUGCUCCACUGGAUGAAGGGAUUAUGUGCAGAAACAAAAAUAUGACUAGACUUCUGGAAGAGGCAAAAAAGGCUCAAUUAUCCGAAUUUCUUGAUUCUUCUCAAGAGGCCACAGACAGAAAACAUACGAAGAAGUGCACUGUGUUUCCGUUCCAUCCAUGGGAUCCCAAGGAGAGUAGAAAACACGGGAUUGUAAUGUGGGUUCCUAACACCGUUGACGAGCUGAUAAAAGCUGCAUCGGAGCAGCUGGGUUUGCCAGAUGGAUCGUUCAUUUUGUCAGAAGAUGGAGGUAAAAUUCUUGAUGUCGAUUUGCUUACGGAUGGGCAAAGUUUGUAUAUGAUCAGUGAAACGAAUUGAGAUUUCAUGCCAACUACAACAAACUCUUCUUGUGGUUUUGGUUUGGGGAAAAAUGCAGGCAACCCUAGGG